AUGAAUUUACUAAAUGUUUAUGCUACUUGCUUUUUAUUUUCAGAUGAACCUUCUUUCUCUACAACAGGAUUAGAUUCCAGAUGUGGGGGUCUGUUGCUUCAGUUUUCAGGAGAAAUAUCCAGUCCUUCCUUUCCAAACAAUUACACAGCUAAUCUACACUGUGUAUGGGAUAUUCGUACUGCUGUAGGAUAUUAUAUUAUACUUGACUUUGUGCACUUUGAUUUAGAACCUCAAUCAAAUUGUGGUAGGGACUGGGUGAUUGUGUACGAUGGUAUUCCUGGAUACUCUCACCAGCUAGGAAGAAUAUGCCACGCCGGAACCUAUACAUUUUACUCCUCAUCUAAUAUCAUUGGAGUUGAAUUUAGCAGUAACAGUAUUAUUCAUCACUCUGGUUUCCGUGCUGUGUUUAAUUCAUAUUACCAAACAGGUUCUUCUGAACAAACCACCACAGAUGAAUAUCCAGUUUCUUCUGAACAAACCACCACAGAUGAAUAUUCAGAAACAACAUCAAAUCAUGCUGAUUAUACAACACAUCCAGAAGUAUAUCCAAUACGCCUUGUUGGUGGUUGGGACUAUUGUGCAGGGCGUGUGGAAAUAUACUACAAUGGUUCCUGGGGUACAGUGUGUGAUGACCUCUGGCACCUCUCAGAUGCUUCUGUUGUUUGCAGACAACUUAAUUGCGGAACUGCUGUUUCUGCUUUACAAAAUGCAUAUUUUGGACAAGGCUCUGGACAAAUUCUCUUAGAUGAUUUACAGUGUAGUGGAUAUGAACAAUACCUUUGGCAGUGUCCUCAUAGAGGCUGGGGAGUUCAUAAUUGUCGUCAUCAUGAGGAUGCUGGGGUCAUCUGCUCAUGUUCUUCUCAACGACCCACCACAGAUGUAAAUCCAGAUGAACCUUCUGUCUCUACACCAGGUUCUUCUCAACGACCCACCACAGAUGUAUAUCCAGAUGAACCUUCUUUCUCUACACCAGAUGAACCUUCUGUCUCUACACCAGGAUUAGAUUCCACAUGUGGGGGUCUGUUGCUUCAGUUUUCAGGAGAAAUAUCCAGUCCUUUCUUUCCAAACAAUUACACAGCUAAUGUACACUGUGUAUGGGAUAUUCGUACUGCUGUAGGAUAUUAUAUUAUACUUGACUUUGUGCACUUUGAUUUAGAACCUCACUCAAAUUGUGCUUGGGACUGGGUGAUUGUGUACGAUGGUAUUCCUGGAUACUCUCACCAGCUAGGAAAAAUCUGCCACGCUGGAACCUAUAUAUUUUACUCCUCAUCUAACAUCAUUGGAGUUGAAUUUAGUAGUGACAGUAUUAUUCAUCACUCUGGCUUUCGUGCUGUGUUUAAUUCAUAUUACCAAACAGGCCCAGGAAUAUCUGACCCUAGAAUUGCAUAUUGCUCAAAUUCAGCAAUUAUUUUCUCUGAUCCGACCUCUGCAUCCCCCACCCGGGUUUCUGUUUUAUCACAAAGAAGUUUUCCAGAGUUGGCAAUUAAUUCUACAACACCUCCAGUUAAUCUUGGAACUACAGCACCCAAUUACACAUGUGGUGGUGUUUUGACAAACCCCAAUGAUGUUUUCUAUAGCCCUAAUUUCCCAAGUCCUUACCCUAAUAAUGCCUACUGUUUCUGGGAAAUACGAGUCAGCCCUGGUCAUUACGUGGAGCUUCAGUUCCUGCAAUUAGACUUGGAGGUAGCAUCUGGAUGUGUAUAUGACUCAGUGACUAUAUAUGACGGCCUCCCACAGAACUCUCCUCUGAUAGCAAAAAUAUGCACACCUGGUCAAAACACUUCAUUCAUCUCUACCUCAAAUAUCAUGGGCGUUGUAUUCCAAACUGAUUCCAGCUUUCAGAGAUAUGGUUUCCAGGCUGUAUACACAUCAGCAUACAGAAACAGCAGCACACCAGUCAAUUGCGGAGGAAUCAUAAAUAAUCACUGGGGAUACAUUGAGAGCCCAUCCUACCCAUAUUCACACAGUGCUGCAGAUUGUGUCUGGCAUUUACAAGUCGGAGCUGGCAAUCGAAUCCAAAUACAGUUUAUAGAUUUUGCACUUGAAAAUUCCCCUUCUUGUUCAUUUGGAUUUGUGUCAGUUUAUGAUGGGACACCCCAAAAUUCUCCAUUACUUGGGAAAUUUUGUGGAACAUACAGACACAACUUUACCUCCUCCUCAAACAGUUUAAGUGUUGUCUACUCAAGUAAAGGAAGUAGCAGCAGCCUUGUCAGAGGGUUCCGUGCCAGUUAUGUUUCUGUAUAUCAAAGUAAUCAGAAUGUGACUCUGUCAUGUACAUCAGAUUACAUGCAAGCACAGAUUUCAAUAUGGUACCUUCAGUCUUUGGGUUAUUCAGCAAAUGACGUUUUCUUGAAUGACCCUAAUUGUCGUCCCAACAUUUAUGGGAGCUGGGUGACAUUUUACAUAUAUUACAAUCAAUGUGGUACAACAAGACAGGGUGAAAGAGACACAAUAAGUUAUUCAAACACUGUGCAUGCUUACCAUUCUGGUCAAGUGAUUGAACGCAGCAGAAAGCUACGCUUGAACCUUCGUUGUCAAAUGUACCAAAAUACAAUGGUGGAAAUUAUGUACCACGCUGAUGAUGCCAGAGAUGUUAACCUGACACGACAAGGCUUGUAUCAUGCUAGCAUGUCCUUCUACUGGAGUCCAAGCUUCAACAACCCUGUGUAUCAAUCACCAUUCUUUGUCCAACUCAACCAGGUCUUAUAUCUUCAAGCAACAUUACACAGUUCUGAUCCUAAUCUCAUCUUGUUUGUAGACACAUGUGUGGCAUCACCAGAUCACAAUGAUUUUGUAACUCAAACCUAUGACUUAAUACGCAAUGGGUGUGUAAAAGACUCUACAUAUACAGCAUACUAUUCUCCAUACUCGAGCCAAGUUCGCUUUGGAUUCAGUGCCUUUGGGUUUGUUAACCAAUAUUCCACUGUUUACCUGCAGUGUAAACUGACAGUGUGUCCAAAAUACAGCAGCAAUUCAAGAUGCACACAGGGUUGUAUCACCAGACGCAAAAGGGGGGCAGUACCAUCCCAUCAACAACUUAAUGUUUUACUUGGGCCCAUUCAACUUUUGAUCUAGAGAAUUAAUGAACACCAUCAAUGUUGGGUUCCAUACGGGCGAGCAGAUUGUGAAAUAAAGAUAUAUCAAUAAAAAUAAAUUAUUAUUUGUGUUAAUAAUAAUUACAA